AAAGGAACAAUACUCGUAAUGGCAAGAGAGCUUAAAAGUUGGUCGUUUUGGCGGGCGGUAUUGGCAGAGUUUGUUGGGAUGACGGUUUUUGUUUUUAUUGGCAUAGCCUCCGCCAUUGGAAACAAGCAUAACAGAUAUCCCGACCAAGAGGUUAAAGUAGCUUUAGCUUUUGGCCUGGCCAUUGCCACAUUGGCUCAGAGUUUGGGGCAUAUCAGUGGAGCCCACCUGAACCCAGCUAUUACUUUAGGACUUUUGGUCAGCUGUCAGAUUAGUUUCUUCAGGGCCUUCAUGUAUAUCGUUGCCCAGAUGUUGGGAGCUGUGCUGGCAAGUGGCAUUAUGUUAAAAGUUAGUCCUGACCCUGAAUCCACACUGGGACUCAAUAUGCUGAGUAACGGAGUGAAAGCGGGUCAGGGAUUUGCGAUUGAGCUUUUUGCAACCUUUCAGCUGGUGCUCUGUGUCCUGGCCACAACAGACAAACAUCGAACUGAUGUUACAGGCUCUGCACCCCUAGCCAUCGGACUGUCCGUUGGUUUAGGGCACCUAGUUGCAAUCAGUUACACCGGGUGCGGCAUCAACCCCGCUCGAUCUUUUGGACCAGCUGUUGUUCUCGAAGCAUUUAAAAACCACUGGAUCUACUGGAUUGCGCCGAUGAGCGGAGGGGUGGCUGCUGCUCUUGUGUACGACUUCUUGCUCUGCCCAAAAAAGGAAGCUCUUCGCAAGCGUAUGAAUGUUCUGAAAGGCACAGCUGAUCCGGAGCCGUCUGCGACAGAACCACUAAUCGAACCCCGAAUCCCCAGAUCUGGUUCUGGUCAGUGGCCCAGGCCCUGAAAUAUCUUGAGCUGAGUAAAGAUGGAUUACAUGCAGAACCACCAGGAAAACUCCUCUCUUGACAGAUAUAAAUUGACCGGGUAUUAGAUCUGCACAUCUGUGUAAUACUGCAUUGAUGGUUUAUGUCAGAUUAAAUAUAUUAUUCUUAAAAUUUAGAUGAUUAAAGCUCUGUCUCUAUUACCAUUAUUGUAUGAUGAACAUCAGAAUCUACUGUCUUACUACAAAUAAAUAAAUAAACUAAGUGAAGAAGAAAGGUAAUGAAUUCAUCAUAGUUGCAUGUAACUUCACUCGACCCUGAGCUGAGAAGUGACAUUAAAGUACCGAGAAAUUACACCUUUUAUAUCCCUUUAUUUAAGGACCAAUUCUCACUAUUAACUAGUUGCUUAUUAGCAUGCAUAUUAUUAGCAUUUGACUGUUUAUUAGUACUUACAACGCACAUAUUAAUGCAUGACCAUCCAUCCCUUAAUCCACCCCCAUAUUAGAAAUUAAAGAAAUAUAAACAUAUAAAAAUAAAAUGAGUAUUGUACAUUGACUUGUUUUACAUCAAAACACCUUUGUAAUGUCACCAUGCUUUAAACUUAAAAGAC